UAACGGGGUUACACAUUUAUUGCAGAACAAAUCGUUUCCUGAUAUCGUAAUGUUCGGUGAUAAGAUACAGAAGUUGUGACCUAGUGAUUGGUUUAACCGAUUAUCGUCUAUUCCGGAUUUAAUUUAUUGAUAUCGUAAUCGGGUUUCGUUGACCAAAAAGAAAAUUUUGUGCGUGUUCCGUCGUUGAUGAUAAACGAAAGUGAAGUGAAUCAUAUACGCUCCGUGCUUGCAUAUUACUGGAUUGGAUUUUUGCAAUAAUAAAAUAAUCGGUCAGCAUUCUGAGUUCGUUGUGGCCAUUAGGGCUUAUUCACAAGCCCGAAUAUAUAUCGAAGGCACCACCAAGUUCACUAUCUCAAAUGGUUGAAACAAACUCCACUUCGCUAAGUACACGAAGUUGUAGUCCUGCAGCGAAUUCAAUCAAUUCAAAUCCUACAUAUCUAACCACAGCCAUGUUACUGGGUUCCCAAGGAUGUAAUUAUUUCGGCCAACGGAUACAAAAUCACCUUCGCGAAAUUAAGGACGAAAUAAACGAUGAUAGAGAACAAAAUCAACGAAAUACAAGCACCGUUCCGACAUCUCUGUUUACCAUUGAUAGCAUCUUAGCACCAAAUAGGCCUAGUUCAGAUUUAAACAUAAAAUCCGAAAGUCCGAGUAGUUCACCGCCGACUAGUUGUACAACGAGUCCGACCAGACCUACCAGAGUUCCGGCUAUGUUGCAUCCAGGAUUACAUUUAGGACAUUUAGCUGCGGCAGCUGCUAGUAGCUUCGGAACGCCGUCGGAUUUUCUUGUUGCCUACCCAAAUUUCUAUCCAAACUAUAUGCAUGCGGCUGCUGUGGCAGCGGCUCAAAUGCAGGCACAUGUUGGUAGUCAUGUAACAUUGGGCCAUCAUGGCAAUCAUCACUUAGGACACGGACCACCUCCGAAGCGAAAAAGACGACACCGUACCAUAUUCACCGAAGAGCAACUAGAACAAUUGGAAGCUACGUUUGACAAAACACACUAUCCGGAUGUUGUGCUAAGAGAGCAGUUAGCUUUAAAAGUUGAUCUUAAGGAAGAAAGAGUAGAGGUUUGGUUCAAGAAUCGUCGAGCCAAAUUUCGUAAACAGAAACGGGAAGAACAAGAACGUGUCCGAAAAUUGCACGAGGAACACAAUGGCAUCUCGUUGAAAUGCGGACCAGAUGCGGAUUUAUCAACGCCAAUGUCAGUGAAUUCGGUUCUGCACUCAUACAGCGAUGCCGAAGAUUCGUCCGAUUUGGAAGUGGCAUAAGUGGCAGAAUUAUAUUUUUUUUUCUAUUUUUUUUUUUUGGUAUUUUCAUGUCGUAAAAAAGUGGAACAUCCGAGUCUUUCAAAUUCGAUCAGUGGACAAUAGAUAUCUUAUUAUAUUUGAUGUGCGUUUGAGACGGAGAUAUAUUUUUCGCCUUGUCUAGUCCUGUUUUUGUGAAAGUAAUAAUUCCAAUGAAAAAAAUGAAAUGAACAAGAAAAAAGAAAAUUCGAUGAAGAAGUGAGGAAGAGAUUAAAUUUCAAUCAAAAAUAUUUUUUAAAUUUUGAAAACGAAAAAACAGUGCGCAGUGAUAAUUAAGUUAAAAGAAGAAAAAAAAAAUUGAAUUUCGUUAACUAUUUUUUUGUUUAAAAGAAAAAUGAUGCAGACGACGAUUGAUGAUGGAGUAAUAAUGAUGAGUAAUGAAUUAUAAUGUUGUUUAAACCUUUAUCUACGUAAAUAUCAUAGUAAGUACACCGUAAUCCAAAAAAUUUAUUAGGAAAAAAGUAUAAGGAAAGAUUAGAUUUAAUGAAUUUAUUGAAUGUAAACAAAAACACAAAAAUAAAAUGAAAUUGUAACCGAUUCAAA